CACUUUCACAUUGCAGUCUGGAGUUCCGGUGAGAGGGAAAAAAAAGAGACGUGGCGAAAAAAAUCGGUGAAUAUCGGUGCAUUCAGAGCUCCUUUCUCGUGUAUUGAGGUUUGGAGCAGUCUCUGUGUGUGUGAGAGUGAGUGUGUUAAAUGGGUGAUUACGGGUUCGCCUUACAGUCGGCUCUCCUCAGCAGUGGCGGCGGCUAUAACAGUCUCCCUCUCGGGUCGUUUUCAUCUCCCAAACACCGCAGCAGUCCGAAUGUGGUGGUGUACGAUAUCCUCAAUAAUAACUCGUCUCUGUUUCUCCCUCUUGCAGCUCAGCAAGCCAUGCAGGAUGAUUUACUGAUGGACAAAAACAAAGCUCAGCCUCACCAGCAGCAGCAGAAAGACCCAGCGAGCGUCGAGACUCCGUCACCGUGCGAGCCGGUGAUCUCUGAGGACAGCAGCAGCCCGUCGAGCGGGAGCAGUCAAGCGCCUUCGGUCCAGAGCAGCAAAGAGAAAAUAGCAAUGGAAUCACCGAUCCUGCCGGGGCUGAGCUUCCCGGAGGCCGGUGGCAACUCCUUGUCUCCGUCGUUCGCCAGCACUUGGUCAUCGGGGACGGCGAACACGGCGGACGAUAGUUUUUUCCAAGGAAUCCCCUCGGUGAACGGCGCUAUGCUGUUUCAGAACUUCCCGCACCACGUCAACCCGGUGUUCGGAGGCGGAUUUUCUCCGCAGAUCGGCUUGGCACAGCAGCAACAGCAACAGCAGCAGAGGAGAUCUCCGGUCAGUCCCAACCAGGCUGCUUUUCCUCAACGGAACGCAUACAGCCACCAGGCCGUGGUGAAUAGCAAGGUCUCGCCGUCAUCGUCCUCCUCGUCGUCGGCGUGGAGCGCUCAGCAGAGCGCCGUGUGGAGCUCCGGCUCUAACCCAUGGAGCGGGCUGCCUGCCGGCCGGGACCCGCGCAGAGCCGGCGGUGUCGGCCUGCCUUCGGCUCUUAGCCCCAUCUCUCCGAUGAAGAAGCCCUACCCGACUAAUGUCAUCGCCCCGCCGAAGUUCCCCAGAGCCGCCCCGCUUACCCCCAAACCCUGGCUGGAGGACAACGCCUUCAGGACCGACAACGGCAACAAUAUGUUACCUUUUCAGGACCGGAAUCGGCCCUUUGAUCCAUUUAACUUGCAAACUUUGGAGAAUUCCUUAAUGGAUAUGAUAAGGACUGACCACGACAAAGGUAAACACCACCCUGUCGGGGGCCCACCAAUGACUAUCGCUGAUAUUGUAUGGAGGAAUCAUUUUGCAGGACGCAUGGGUCUGAACUUUCAUCACCCAGCAGCAGAACACAUAAUGCCACUGACCAGGAGUUAUGGUCGCAGAAGAGGUCGCUCAUCACUGUUUCCUUUCGAGGAUGGCUUUUUGGAUGAUGCUCAUGGAGAUCAGUCUCUAACUCCAGGGCUGAACUCCCCCACUCGCUGUCAGAACGGUGAGAGGAUGGAGCGCUAUUCCAGAAAGGUCUUUGUUGGUGGACUGCCUCCAGACAUCGAUGAAGAUGAGAUCACCAAUAGUUUCCGUCGCUAUGGACACCUGGUGGUGGACUGGCCCCAUAAAGCAGAAAGCAAAUCCUACUUUCCUCCCAAAGGUUAUGCCUUCCUGCUAUUCCAGGAAGAGAGUUCAGUUCAGGCUCUCAUCGAUGCCUGCAUUGAGGAAGAUGGGAAACUCUAUUUGUGCGUGUCCAGUCCCACCAUUAAAGACAAACCAGUACAGAUUCGUCCAUGGAAUCUGAGCGACAGUGACUUUGUGAUGGACGGCUCUCAGCCUCUGGACCCUCGAAAGACCAUCUUUGUGGGAGGAGUCCCUCGACCUCUGCGCGCAGUGGAGCUGGCGAUGAUUAUGGACCGGCUGUAUGGGGGUGUGUGCUAUGCUGGCAUUGAUACUGACCCUGAGCUGAAGUAUCCUAAAGGAGCAGGUCGAGUGGCUUUCUCUAACCAGCAGAGCUACAUUGCUGCCAUCAGCGCUCGAUUUGUCCAGUUGCAGCACAACGACAUCGACAAGCGGGUGGAGGUGAAGCCGUACGUGCUGGAUGAUCAGAUGUGUGACGAAUGCCAGGGUGCACGCUGCGGAGGCAAGUUCGCCCCGUUCUUCUGUGCCAAUGUCACGUGUCUGCAGUACUACUGUGAGUACUGCUGGGCCAGCAUUCACUCGCGCGCCGGCCGCGAGUUCCACAAACCGCUGGUGAAGGAGGGAGGAGACCGACCACGCCACGUCUCCUUCCGCUGGAGCUGAUGGAGGAGUCACUCAGCCUCCCCACCACUUCUUCACUCCCAUCAUCCCCUUCACACCGACUAACCACCACCAUCACCGUCACCACGACUACAACCGAAGAAAACAUGGGUCUUCUUUUAUCCUUUAUUUAAAAAAAAAAAAAAACACAGCUCUUAAUAUCUUUGUCCAUCAUACUCUCUGCUAGUGAACAUUCAGUAAGAAUUUUGAGUCUUUUUGCUCAGAAAUUUGCACUUUGGCAUUCGUCUACACACUUGAUGUUAGUUAGGUCAUGACAAUACUGAUCUUUUUUCAAGUUUACUUCAAUUUCCUCUUGAUUUAGUCAGUCAGUGUUUCCCAAUAGGACAUUAUUAGACAAGAGUGAGACUACACACACACACACACACACACACACACACACGCACAUAUAUAUAUUUAAAAAAAGAUUAUAUUUUUGUUUUUUUAAUCUAUCUAUAUAUCCACCUAAAUAAUUCCUUUUUUAUUUUUUUUUUAUUUUUUUUUAUUUUUUUUAACAGAGCAUGCACUUGUUUUCAGAAAACCUGUAUCAUUGCCCUGAGUAGAAAAUGUGAGGGAUCAAAAUUACCAAAGGUGAAAAUAUUUGACGACCUUUAGUUUAAAAAAAAAAAAAAGAAUCUCAAAUUCGAGUCCACCUAUUUGCUCUCAAUUUGAAAAUAGUCCAGUUAAUACCUCAUGUGCACAAUCAGAUUUAAUUUCCUUCGCAUAUAAUAUUUAGGCCUUUAUUUAUUUUUUUUAUAAUCUUAUUUUUUUAGUGUUAUGUACAUAUAAUGCUGCAAUAGCUUUUGCUGCUAAAUCCAUGGUAUAUAGAUGUAUACCAUAGUACUUUAUUCAGGCUGGGGAGUGGAUGAGAGUCGGUUCGGCGCCUGGUUGGGAGGUGAACAGGCCGGCAUGAGCGCGAGCGUCGGCCUCGGUGCGGUCAGCAUUCGCCCCUGAACUGCAUGUUUAUCCAAAUCAGGUCGCUGCAUGCAAUAGAAUUUUCAGUAUCAAGUCUAUUAUUCAUCUUGGCCCAUUUUGCACAUGGGUAGACGAGGACACAGAGCAGGAAAGCGUGCAGGAGACCGAGGUGAGCGCUUAUCUCACUCGCCGGUUGGUGUUCUACCUUGAUGAUCAUCUCACGUCAAAAGCUAAACGCAUGAACAGACGACUAAACUGCAAUUCUGAUUUCUAAGGCCUAGAUGUAGGAUAAGCCUUUAAAACUCUGACUAGUAGGUGAAGAACAUUUUUCUUUUUCAGUGAUUGUUAUAAUUGUGCAAUUUUUUAUACAGUAUGUAGUUGGAUUUGAGUAUAUGCCUAGAACUGUGAUUCGCUUUAACUGUUCUUGAUGUCUAACAAGUCCUGUGAAAACUUCAUAUCCAGUGUAGACAGUAGACACACACAGACACACACACACACAGUCUUCCCUGUCCUUUUGUUCUGUAUACAUUGACACACACACACUUUCGAUAGUUCUCACUCACACAGGAUGUGUACAAACAACUCCCUUCCCUAAAAACUCCCAACUCCAUUCACUAGAACUAAAGACCACGUCAAAUUUCGUCGCUUCUGCCUGACUAGUGAAGUGAUUAGUAGACAAAAAGAAAAUACUGCAGUGACGCGCGUGUGUGUGUGUGUGUGUGUGUGUGUGUGUGUGUGUGUGUGUGUGUGUGUGUGUGUGUGUGUGUGUGUGUGUGUGUGUGUGUGUGUGUGUGUGUGUUUUUCCCUCUAAGACCCACAUAAAGAGUACAGACAGUGUGACUGCAGCACAUUGGACUAACAUCACCAGAACAUUGUGUGCUUGCUGCGUUUAUAUAUAUAUAUAUAUAUCUCUAUAUACACAGAUUUUCCUGCAAAGCUUGAAGACUAGAACCAACCUGCUAAUAACCGUGGUGGAUAUUUUUUUUAAAGACUACGGUAUGGGCUUGAGAGAGGACGAGUGGGAGUUUAGGAGAACACAAGUAUUGGCUGCUGAAGUGAUUCGUAUAAGAGCGAGACGGGGUUUUACAAGCCCGUGAAAGUCUCGAGAGUGAGAGCGGUGUUUCAAGGAACGAAUCGUAAAUCGUCCCGUCCCAUUUUCCUGUAGUGAUGUACGUCACGCCGGAAAAGGCUGCAGCAAUCGUGGCCUGGGUUUUUAAUCCUAAACCGUCACCUUUAGGAUGGAACACUUUGUUCGCUUUUGGGGGGAAAAAAUUAUGUAAACAAGAGCUACUUUUUUUACUGAUGGAAUAAAAAACAACAGAAAACUAAUCAUGAAUAGCAAUGAGGAUCCUUAUGGACGUGAAUUCUGGGGGGUUUGUGAUAUUUCCUUCCAACCCAGAAGGAUUUUCUAGAUCUGUUGUUUUCUGUAAUAGACAUUUGUUAUGCACUACUCUUUGUAUCUAGAUGGUUAGCUAUCAGUCAGCUAUUUUUUUGUUGAGAGAGCGAGAGAGAGAGAGAGAAAUCGAAAAUUGUGUGCUUUCUGACUGACGUGAUCUUUUGCAAUACCUCAAUUUUGAAAUAUAAUAGGAGAGAAAUCAAUAUUUUCUAAGUAAGUUUAUUCAAAAACAAAAUAUAUAUUAAUUUAAAUUUGCAAGAAAAUGAUUUAACAGAUGGUUAAUUUUAUUUUUGUCAUGUUUAUUUGCUUUUAUGUUUAAUUUUAUUUUUUUGGAAAAAAAAAAAGACAUAAAAAAAAUUGCAACUGAAGGAGCUAGAGCUUUAUAACUAUAGAGUCAGCUGAAGUAGAGAGACGACCUUAACACGGCGUAAACGGAGAGAGCGCUUCGCCACCCACACGCCACAGUGUUAAAUAAAAAGAAAUUAAAAAAAAAAAAAAAAGUUCAUACAAAAUCCUACUCCAGAAAAAAAAAAAGACAACAUCCAUUAGGUGCUUAAAAAGUUAACUGACGAAACUUCCCUUGGUUUUGUAUGUUUAUAAUCAGUCAUUUACUGACCAGUGAACCGAAAUUUAUUUUUUUGUUUGUGAUUUUUUUUUUUAAACAAAAAGCUUUUUUAUGUUUCUUAAGCGUAGCCUGUUUGUUUUGUAAAAGCAAAUUGCCCUACUUUGUUAACCUGAUCUAAUUUAAGCUAAACUGAUCUUUGAGGGUUCUUGAUUAAAUGGAGAAAAAGGAAAGAUUGUUCUUUUUUUUUUUAAAUAAAAAAAAUAAAAAAUCCACACACACAAAGAUUCAAACAGUUUCAGCUGUAACUUGAUCGAAAGCCCCCAAGGUGCAUCAGCAGCAUGGUGGCCUUCUAUUCACCUAAGACUUGAAUUAGUCCCAUUUUUUUAAGGCUAUAACCUCGAUUCUUUGUUGUAAUGUGCAAUACUGUUUGUACUGUUUGUAAAAAAGAAAAAAAAUGAAAAGAAAAAGAGGCAUAAAUCUUUAUUGCAGAUUUAUUUUCAUUGCAUUGUGAUUCACUAAAAUCAUUUUCUACUGUGUAUUUACCUACUCUACAUGCUAGUACCUUCCAGUGGUAAUGUAGCCUUUAUACUGAGGAAAAAAAACAUUUUCAUUAUUUUUAGAGAUUUUUUGCAAAGAUGAAAAGAAUUAAAACAUUUACAUAUUUUUUUCUUCUUCUUUUUUUUUGUUAAUUUCAUAUUUCUUUACAGACUUAUUUCUCAACCAUUAAUAUGAUAUAUUUCUGGGGGAGACUUUCAUAUCUGGUCAAUGUCCUUAAUAUUAUUUUGUAUUUUUACUUGGAAUAAAUUAAUUUUAUGAUGCUAAUUCUUUAAACAAUUUUUUUUUCUUUUUUGUUUUUGUUUGAUGAAGCUGAGAACCUUUGUAAUGUUACUAGUGUCUAGAUUUUUGAUGCGAAGCUUUGUGUUAACUCCCUGAUGUUGCUUACAUUAGUGUGAGAGCGAUCUCAAGUAUGGGGGGAACAAUUCUCACUAGCAACUGAUGCUUGGAAUGGAAAAUGAUUUGGUAAUGUAUCGACUAAAUGGGCAAUAAAACGAAAUGGCAGAAAGGAGCGAAUGUGAGCUGAAUGUUGUGAUACGAUGGGAGCCGCACAGUGAUUUAACGACUGCUGCUCGAGUCGCUGCCACUGCUGAACUUUAAGCAAUAUGGCUGCGGCAGAAGAGAGUCACAACACCAUUCUGAAAGCAUUCACUCACAGAUUCUCUGGAGAUUUGUUUCCCAGCUGGAGCUGUAUGUAGAGUAGAGGGCAGUGUUUAAGCCUGGGCCACAUUAGAGGAUAAUCAAGUUGAAAUUGUUUUCCAUUUUCUUUCUAAAUCUGGUCCUGCUAGUUUUCACUCACCAGCUCGCUCACUCUGUACCAAGUAGAGAGGGUGAAGGUGAACACACACCUCUGCUGAGACACAAGAAACCAUCCUCUCAGUCAAGUGUUUAUCUACCUUAUAGCACAUAAGUGAGCUCACAAAUUCCCACAGUUGGCUAGUGUCACUGUGAUUGAUUGACAGGGGAAAGGGUGUAUGCCACAUAUGACCAAGGGAACACGGUCAGUUUCACUCUCUCGACUCUCAGCACAGGUUGCUCAUUGGGACUUGAGUUUUUGUUCUGAUAAUAGCGCGAGUAUUUCUUUUUUAUAUCUUUUUUUUGUGCCAAGAUGAUUAUAUAAUAAGAUAUAAUAUAAUAUAAUCUGACCCCUUCUGACAAGUUCUCCAGAGUACUGUGAUUAAUCAUAAUUAUGAACCAUGCAACAUUUAAGGCUCACUAUACAGUAAUGUAGGGCAAGACUCGCUGUUUCAUUUCAAAAACACAACCCUGACAUCAUGCAUGAAAGACCAUGACAACUGAGCCACAUUGUCGAAAGGUCAUGUGGGUUUAUUCUGAAUUCUGAAAAUUCCCUGGUUCUCAGAGCUGGUUUCAUUGAUUUGUGAGAAAAGGGUUUAUUUCUUCGUCAAAUCUAAUAUGGGGUUUGAUGACCUGAAACAUGAUUCAGGCCAAAACAUCUGCACCCCUCACAUUUUUAACACUGAGUGAAUAAAUCAUGUAAUGUGACCCAGGCAUUACUGACAGAACGAAUGCAGAGGUCUUGAGGAAAAGCCUCUUAAUGCUCUUCAGCCAUCGGCUCACCCUGCGCUCUCGCCCUGCCAGUCUAACCAAAUUUAGAUAAAUAUUUAAAACGUAUUUACACACCCAGUCGUCAUUUUCAGAUGUAAAUGCUCCAGCUCUGGUGUUGUGGUCAUCUCUUCUGCAUCACAGUCAAAAUAAGAACGAAUGUCCUCUCUAGCUUGCCUUUUUCUACCCAUCUGUUUUGGUCUGUUACUAAACCCAGGCUUGCUUACUAACCUCCUAAUGUCGUCCUCCUGGAACAUUUCUUUUGCUCUCACUGCGACUGUUGAUCAUUUCAUCAUUACAGUAGCUCACUGCGCUCACUUGGUACCCCUUGUUCUAAAAGGACCUUCAGAUAUAAUAAUGUCACUAAACAGCUGCUGAGGAACGAGGAGAAGAAAAAGCGAAGCCGUGUCCUGGUGACUGUUUCACACUGUUCUCUGUAGAUGUCUAUAUAUUUCCUGUACUAGAUUUGGGUAGUUACUUAUUCACCUGUGCUUCAUGCUCAUUCUUCAUGGGUGGUUCUGCAGCCCACUCUGUCAUGUUGAAAAAAAAAAAAACAACUAUAUCUAUAUACAUGGAGGAUUGGUUUCUUUUUCUAACUUAUGUUUUAAUUUGAACUAAUGACAGGUUCGAUCAUGACAAGAUUUUGAGAUUGUUGACUUGGACCUGUGCUUGUCUAAUGUUGUAGCUAAACUGUGAUUUAAAAAAAACAACAACAAAAAGAUGGAGGGCAACGCUGCUAUUGCUUACAACUUGCUUCAGAGUUUGUAAUUCCCACCUUCAUUAUUUCCCUCUUUUCUGUACUAAUAAGCAGAUCUUAUUAAACAUAGUUGUAUGAUGCUG